UUCGUACAAGUGUACGAAUGAAGGGCGAUGGCGAUGGCGAUCGCUUAGGCGCAACGAUCAAGAGGCCGCUGAGAGAUGAAGCAGUCACACCUGUGGCGGUUUUGUCAGUGAAAGCGCGAUCGGUGGCAAGCGAUAGUAAAUGCUAUGCUAGGCGCCGCAGAAUCCUUCGCGAUGACAACAAGAGCGAAGAAUGGAUGCCUUCGACAUGUCCGUCGAAGAGGUCCAAGAAGCGACGGCAUUCGAGCACCAGUUUGGAGGACGAUUUUCAAGAUCAAGACCAUGAUUCCACCGAGUUGAAAACUCGUCACAGAUCUAAGAAAAGUCGUCGAGGUAGAGCAAGGACACAGAAGCCAGCCAAGGUUCCAAAGAACUUCGUCCAGGAGCAGCAAAAGUACUUCGCGGAAGUGGAUGCAUUCGAGCUCCAGGAGGAGGAAUCUGCGGAAGAAAGCUCCUCUCACGAGCUGGAUCAAAAACUCCAAUCGGAGGACGAGAGCUCCUCAGACGACGAGGUCCCACAGGAAGCAGGACCCGCCCAAGAACUACAACCAGAGUCAACGAAGGACUCUUUCUCGGAGCCGGAGGAGUCGGAGUCGGCGUCGGGAUCUGGAUCGGAGGAGAGAUCGGACUAAACUCCAUCGCGUAUCUCCUUUCGGCGCAAAUGCUGCAGGUUGGUCCCGGGUUCUUUCGAGCUAUGUCACAACGAAGAUUCUCCAUAGACGCGGCCAAAAGAGAGAAAACAUAUACUUCCGUGAACGUUAUUGGCCGCCACGUGGACGACACCGAUUGGCGAAUGGGAGCUACUAACUGACACGUGUACACUAGACAAAUUAUUGUAGCCGGAAGUAUGGUAUCUAUAGUUUUGUGGAGGCGCGUAUA